AACAAAAGCCAAAGGGGGUCGGACACUGACACUCCAGGUUACAGUAAGCAGCAGUGACAAGAUGGGACAGAUGCUGAUGCUGGGACUGCUGAUAGGCUGCGUCCUCUAUGUGGACAUGGCCAGUGCAGCCCGUGGAGGCGGAGGGGGCAAGGGCCGUGGUGGAGGUCGGAAGGGGUAUGGUUCCAGGAUGCCCGUCUUAAUCCAGCACCGUAACCCUGCAAGCGCCAGCUACUAUGACCACAAGGAUGGGGCCAAGAUCGUCAAGUCUUCACACUUUGAGCUUGACUACAUGCUUGGCCGCAAAAUAACAUUCUUCUGCAUGGCGACGGGACUCCCCCGUCCACACAUUACAUGGUUUAAAGAUGGCAUUGAGCUGUAUGCUCACAAGUUCUUCCAGGUGCACGAGUGGCCAAUGGGGAAUGACACGAUGAAGUCCAAGAUGGAGAUCGAUCCAACGACACAGAAAGAUGCAGGAUACUAUGAGUGUCAGGCAGACAACCAGUAUGCUAUAGACCGCAGGGGUUUCCGCACAGACUACGUCAUCUAUACUUAUUGAAGAAUUUUCAUCUUUCGUCUCCAAUAAUGCAUCUUAUGUGCUAAAUUUAUUAAAGUUUUGCUUCACUCUUCUGCUUCUAUUUUCAUCUCAUACUGUUCCUUCACUUCCUAUCUUAAAUAUUAUUUUUUUAACAUUUUCCACCUUCCAUGUACAAAACUAACUUUAUAUAUAAAUUUUUCCUGAAAAGCUAACAGUUUCUCAGCUUAGGAAAUUUCCUGCCUUUCAUGGAAGAUGAAUAAUCAUUACAGUGUUCAGAGAAGCUUCUCGCUAUUCUCAGCCAGAUGAAUUCAGUCCACGCCUCCCAUACACAAUUUCCUUAAUGCCCGUCUUGAUAGCUUAUCAUGUACGUCUAUAGUCUUUCAAGCAGUCUAUUUCCUUCACAUCCUCCUCAAUUCAAAAUUUGCUGUGCCUUUCUCAUCUCUCAUCCAUAUGUUACAAGCCUUACCAAUCUCUUCCUCCUUGAUUUGACCAUAUAAUAACAAUUGAUGAAGCAAACAAAUUAUGAAAUCUCUCAUGUAAUUGUCUUCAUUCUGCUGUUACUUAAUUUCUCUUACUCUAAAUGCUCUCCUCAGGGCUCUAUUUUCCUUGGGCCAGGGACUAAUUUUCAGAUUUAUACAUAUAUAAAAGUAAUAUUAAUUUUGUAUGCUUUGAUCCUUGUGUUUUUGAACUGAAGAUUGGAAAAUAAAACAUUCUGAACUCAAUACUAGCAAGCAUUUUUCAGACUUAAACUAUACUGUAAAGGAAUACAGACCCCCUGUACUAUGGGGCUGCUGGCCACCCUUUAGCACCAGGGUUAACAGUUUAGCAGUAUGGUAGUGUGAUGCGUGACCAGCUGGAACACGCAUAAGCUGACACACAGACAACAAAGGUUAAUCAGCUCCUCAUUUCUUCAUAAAUGAAAUCCAAAUUUGUUACUGUCACUCCCAAGUAUUUUACCUCUGCCACAUUU